CAAAGAUGGCGGCGCCCGGUACGAAGCAAGUUUUGCUCUCGCUAAUCGAAGAUGUAGAAAUAAUCACAAAAGAACUGUUUGAGCUGAUGUCAGCCAAGAAGACUGAGACUUCUACAGAGCCUGUAGCAGACACGGGGCAACUGAUGGAGUUGCUGCUGAAGAAAGAUGCAGAAAUACAGGCUGCUUUGAAAACAGCAACAGAGCAAGGUGAAGUCCAGAAGAAGAUUGAAGCCUUGCAGGUAGAAGUUGACAGAAGAGAUGCUGAUAUACUUCAGUUGCAGAAGAAUCUAAAGGAAGCAGAAACUAUUUUGGCAACAGCCAUAUAUCAAGCCAAACAGAAACUGACCUCCAUCAAGCAGGCUAAUCAGAAGUCCAUUCCGUCUGAAGAGCUCAUAAAGUAUGCACAUAAAAUUAGCUCUAGUCAUGCUGUAGCAGCUCCUAAUACUUGGCAACCAGGUGAUCCUAGGCGGCCAUAUCCCACAGAGUUAGACAUGAGGAUGGGAUUCCUGGGGCGGCUGAACAACCCUAACUUCCAGUCCCAGCCUGGGUUAGGAGCCGAUCCUCAACUCUCAAGGCAGCCAGGACAGUUAGACCACACUCCUUCUCAUGCAGUAUACAAUAUAGAUAUCUUUCUCACAUAA